CCUCCCCUCACGCUUCUUCUUCUUCAAGCCCCUCCCUCUCUCACUCACUUCAUGAAAUCCCGCAAUAUGUCUCCAAAUUAGCGCGCGGGUCUCCCGCCCGCUUCCUCGCGCUUCUUUCUUUCAAACCUUUUCUUCUUUUUCGGUUCUUGCACCGGCCCCCCUCCCCCUCCCCCGGCUCCCGCGGAUGCCGCAGAGUCCUGCUCUCCCGCCAUGGCAGCCCGGUCCCGCUCGUCCUUCCCGGAGCUCCUGUGUGAUUUUCUCCGACUGUCAGCCGAGAUUUUGGCUGCGGAGUCGCAGUUCAAAGCCGCCUGAAGCCUCUUCCUCCUCCUCUUCUUCCUGCAUCCCAGCUGAAAACCAACACCAAGAGGAUACGGAUGUGGACCAAGACAACAUAGUCUAUUAAUAUUUCAGAGAUCCAGAAAGGCGAUACCGGCUUAAAGCCGGGUGGAGGUGGGAUAGGUGCACAGACGGGCACAGCUCUGCAGGCUUGAAAGAUGAUCAGCUCAGAGAUGAUGGCGGUGAUGAUGAAGAUGAUGGUGAGGCAGAAUCUGUGCAUCUCCUGAAACCAGCGGCAGCUUCUUCCCUCCACCCUGCCCUCUUCAUCUGAACACCACCUCCUCCCUGGAACAGGAUGACUGUGGUGUCCACGGAGAACGUGGACGACACCUCCACCCUGCCGGGUCACCCGCAGGACCCCUACCCGCUCGACGACGACCACGACGACCACGACUGCUGUGAGCGGGUGGUCAUCAACAUCUCCGGGCUGCGCUUCGAGACGCAGCUGAAGACCCUGGCUCAGUUUCCUGAAACGUUGCUUGGAAACCCGAAGAAGCGGAUGCGUUACUUCGACCCCCUACGAAACGAAUACUUCUUCGACCGGAACCGUCCCAGUUUUGACGCCAUCUUGUAUUACUACCAAUCUGGGGGGCGGCUGAGGAGGCCGGUCAACGUUCCCCUGGACAUGUUCUCAGAAGAAAUAAAGUUCUACGAGCUGGGCGCUGAAGCUAUGGAAAAAUUUCGGGAGGAUGAGGGCUUCAUCCGGGAGGAGGAGCGACCUUUACCAGAGAAGGAGUUCCAGCGACAGAUCUGGCUCCUGUUCGAGCACCCGGAGAGCUCGGGGCCCGCCCGCGGGAUUGCCAUCGUUUCAGUGAUGGUCAUCCUCAUUUCAAUAGUCAUCUUCUGUCUGGAGACUUUACCGGAGCUGAAGGAGGACCCCAACGACCGGAUCCAGGUGGUGGGAAACGGUACCAUCUAUUACAAAGCCAACUUUUUCACGGACCCGUUCUUCGUGGUCGAGACGCUCUGCAUCAUCUGGUUCUCCUUUGAGCUGAUUGUGCGGUUCUUCGCCUGUCCCAGCAAGGCAGCUUUCUUCAAGAACAUGAUGAACUCCAUCGACAUUGUUGCCAUUAUUCCUUACUUCAUCACGCUCGGGACGGAGCUGGCUGACGACCAAGACAACAAGGAGGGGAAGGCCGGGGGGGAGCAGGCCACCUCGUUGGCCAUUCUCAGGGUGAUCCGUCUGGUGAGGGUCUUCAGGAUCUUCAAACUGUCCCGCCACUCCAAAGGGCUCCAGAUCCUGGGGCAGACUCUGAAGGCCAGCAUGCGGGAGCUGGGUUUGCUCAUCUUCUUCCUCUUCAUCGGAGUCAUUUUGUUUUCCAGCGCUGUUUACUUUGCAGAAGCCGAGGACAAGGAGUCCUUCUUCACCAGCAUCCCCGAUGCCUUCUGGUGGGCCGUGGUGUCCAUGACCACGGUGGGCUACGGGGACAUGUACCCCGUGACCAUCGGGGGGAAGAUCGUGGGGUCGCUGUGCGCCAUUGCCGGCGUCCUGACCAUCGCUCUGCCGGUGCCGGUCAUCGUUUCCAACUUUAACUACUUCUACCACCGCGAGACGGAGGGCGAGGAGCAGGCGCAGCUGCUCAACGUCAGCAACCAGAACUUGGCGUCGGAAAGCAACUCUAGUCGCCGCAGCUCCUCGGCCAUCAGCAAGUCGGAGUACAUGGAGAUAGACGAGGACUUGAACAACAGCAUCGAUAACUUUAGGGAAGCCAACCUGAGGACUGCCAACUGCACGGCUCCCAGCCAGAACUGCGUCAACAAGGGGAAGCUGCUCACCGACGUGUGAGCCCCCCCUGGAGAAAAACACUGUAAAUAUUGUAGAAAGACAUGGAUGCUACACCUCCCCUUGGGGGGGGGCAUUUUAAUCCAAAUGUCCAUCAAUUCAUACAGGAAAGCACAAAAAGAGCAAACACUGAAGCAGAGUAUUUAUAUAUUGAAAACUGCUUUUUCACAUGGGGGGGGGG